AUGGCUAGUAGUGAGGGGAUAUUUACAGUUCUUCAUUUUGUGUUUCAAUUUGUGGUACCUUCGAUCGUCAUAUCCUUCUGUUACUUCUACGUCAGUCGACUAUUAAGAAACCGACGACAACAAAAAUUGGGUUCUCGAUUUCGUAACAUCCAGAAACAGGAUCUAGAAGUGCGAAGACACAAUAAGACAAACAGGUAG